CAGUUCAACCCUGAAACCUGAACCUUGAACUACAAAUAUUAUCUUGUAUCAGAACCUCCUAAUUACCAAAUUUGCUGUCUAGGGAUGAUGGCCAAGAGAGUAGAAGCUAUGCAGCUGCAGUCAUUCUUUAAAGAAACAUAUUAUCUGAUUCAUUCAGGUUUUGAUUCAGGCCUGGUCCAGGAGCUGAAUCAGCCUUGGACCCUCUGAUAUCCUUAACGGUAAUAUCAGAUGUGGGAGUGCAACUUCCUGGAACUCUUGGUGAUUCCAUUAUAUCCUUCUUGACUAGCUCUUUGUGAUGGGAACCACAGUUAUUCAACUUCCUGCAGGGCUAUGUCCAGAGGAUAGUACUGGGUGAUUGUGUUUUAGCUCAAUGGCUGUCCAGCCUGCUUUGGUAUUGUGUUCUAUGUUACAGGGUAUUUACGUUGUUCAUGGUUUCAGCAUCUUUUUAGAGUUUGUAAUUAAUUAUCAAUAUGAGUUUAACUGGUUUUAAUUUUAUAAAGGUAAAAUGUGUGUUGCUGUUUUUAAUGAUAAAAAACAAAAAUGUGACCAGAUAAAGUUAUUUUUAAUAUUUUGCAUACCAUCCCUGUUUCAUGAAACCUACUUAUAUUUCCCAGUGCUCCUUAAUCAACAUAUUGGCUAUUACUAAUGUAUGUACAACUGGAUUAUGGUGAAGAAAUCAGUAAUAAGAGCUUGGAAAGUCUGGCAGAAAGCUACUGGAAGGUUGAUUAUAUCUGAAAUUUCACUGAAUACAAUUCUCCAAAUUCUGUCUAUCUUCAUAUUACUCAUUUGCUGUGGUAAAAAGGCCUCUUUGUGUAACCUCUCAAGAAAGUGGAAAAAAGAGAGAAUAAUCUAAAAACCAAUCCAUCACCUUAGCUUUCACAUGUUGGAUAGGUUUCAAUAAAAUAAAAUAUAGCAAAAAACAAAAACAAAAACCACCCCUUCCAAUAGUACAGAACAUAAUAAGCAAAAAUUUUAAUAGGGCAAAGAUGUUACAGAUUUUUAAGGUGAAAUAUUGGCAGCUCUCACAAUGAAGUAGAUAUAUGAUUUUGUUUGUAUUGAUAAAACAAUGCAUCUUUUCAGGUAAUAUCAUGGUUUUUUUAAAAAAGAUCUGAUGAAAACAGGGUAGCCAAAAAAUGCUCUCCUCUCCCUUCAAACUGGCUUACUGCAGGUCCAACGUGUGUACUAGUGUUGUUCUGUUCCAAUGACCUUCGCAUCCUAAGCAGCUUCUCAUGACAUCACAAUAAUGCUUUGGCUUAAAGGAGGCUCAGUUAAUUUGGAUGUGUCUAUUUUCAGCCAGCUGUCAUUGCAACUCUUACACAAAUAUAAGGAAGAAAAGAGAACCAGAUGUCUCUUGUGCAAAGUUCUUUGAAUGCUGGGCAUCCCCCACCUCCAGUUUUUGAAGCAUUAGGGACAAACAUGAAAUCGAUUCCUGAAGAACCUAUUCAAAUGGACCUUCUGAAUGUUGGACCUUCUGAAUGCUGUGCAGAUGACAGUGCUUCUGCUGCCAGCAGCAUGGAGGUGACAGACCGCAUAGCUUCACUUGAACAACGUGUUCAGAUGCAGGAAGACGACAUUCAGUUGCUCAAGUCUGCUCUGGCAGAUGUCGUUAGGCGUUUAAAUAUUACUGAGGAGCAACAGGCCAUGCAGAACAAGAAAGGACCUACCAAAGCAAGACCACUAAUUCAAACACUGCCUUUAAAGACUACUGUCAAUAAUGGAACUAUCUUACCAAAGAAAUCUAGUGGUUCUCUACCUUCUCCAUCAGGAACCAGGAAAGACAUUGUAUCACCAGCAACAAAAAGCACUAUUAAAAGAACCAACUCGGCUGAAGGUGUUUCUCCUUGUGGUCGGAGGGAAAGUUAUGGGGAUUCCAAAGGCAACCGCAAUCGAGCUGGAUCCACAAGUAGUUCAUCUAGUGGCAAAAAGAACAGCGACUGCAAACCCAAGGAACCAAUGUUCAGUGCAGGGAAGCGUCGUGUGACACAUUGUAAAGAGGAAGGAUAUGUUAAAAUGUUUCUGCGUGGACGUCCUGUUACCAUGUACAUGCCAAAAGAUCAAGUGGAAUCUUACAAUUUGGAAGCAAAGGCAGAACUACCAUCCAAAAAGCUUAAACUGGAAUGGGUCUAUGGUUAUAGAGGUCGGGAUUGUCGCAAUAAUCUGUACCUUUUACCAACCGGAGAAACUGUUUACUUCAUUGCAUCUGUUGUUGUAUUGUAUAAUGUUGAAGAACAACUGCAGAGACAUUAUAUUGGACACAAUGAUGAUGUGAAGUGCCUAGCAGUACAUCCUGACAGGAUUACCAUAGCAACUGGUCAGGUUGCAGGGACAUCUAAGGAUGGAAAACAAUUACUGCCUCAUGUCCGCAUUUGGGAUUCUGUUACUUUGAAUACACUACAUGUAAUUGGCAUGGGAUUCUUUGAUCGAGCUGUUACAUGCAUUGCAUUUUCAAAGUCGAAUGGAGGCAGUAACUUGUGCUCUGUGGAUGACUCCAAUGACCAUGUGCUUUCAGUAUGGGACUGGCAAAGGGAAGAAAAAAUUGCAGAGGUCAAGUGCUCUAAUGAAGCAGUAUUUGCAGCUGAUUUUCACCCUACAGACACUAAUAUAAUAGUUACAUGUGGAAAAUCUCAUCUUUAUUUUUGGACGAUUGAAGGGAAUUCUCUUAUCAAAAAGCAGGGAUUAUUUGAGAAACAAGAAAAGCCAAAGUUUGUCCUAUGUGUGACAUUUUCUGAAAAUGGUGAUACAAUCACAGGAGAUUCAAGUGGAAAUAUCUUAGUAUGGGGAAAGGGUACCAACAGAAUAAGCACUGCAAUUCAAGGAGCUCAUGAAGGGGGCAUAUUUGCCCUUUGUAUGUUACGAGAUGGCACCCUUGUGUCUGGAGGUGGAAAAGACAGGAAGUUAAUAUCUUGGAAUGGGAAUUAUCAAAAAAUUCAUAAAACUGAGAUUCAGGAGCAGUUUGGCCCUAUAAGAACAAUAGCAGAAGGGAAAGGUGACAUUAUUUUGAUAGGAACCACUCGAAACUUUGUGCUGCAAGGUUCUUUGUCAGGAGACUUUUCUCCCAUUACCCAGGGCCAUACUGAUGAGCUUUGGGGACUAGCAGCCCAUCCCACCAAACCUCAGUUUUUUACAUGCGGGCAAGACAAACACAUUAUGCUCUGGGAUUCGAUCAGUCAUCGUCCAAUCUGGAACAAAACUAUAGAGGAUGCAGCACAGUCUGCUGGUUUUCAUCCUUCAGGGUCUGUAGUUGCAGUAGGAACGCUAAUUGGAAGGUGGUUUGUGUUUGAUACUGAAACAAAGGAUUUGGUCACUGUACAUACAGAUGGAAAUGAACAGCUGUCCACAAUGCGUUACUCACCAGAUGGUAACUUCUUGGCAAUAGGUUCUCAUGACAACUGCAUUUAUAUAUACAGUGUUAGUGACAAUGGAAGAAAAUACAGUAGAAUUGGCAAAUGUUCAGGUCAUUCCAGUUUCAUUACUCACUUGGAUUGGUCUGCUAAUUCUCAGUAUCUUGUGUCUAAUUCAGGGGAUUAUGAAAUUCUAUACUGGGUUCCUUCAGCUUGUAAGCAAGUAGUAAGUGUUGAAACCACUAGAGAUAUAGAAUGGGCUACUUACACAUGUACUCUAGGAUUUCAUGUUUUUGGUGUGUGGCCAGAAGGUUCAGAUGGCACAGAUAUAAAUGCUCUUUGUCGCUCACAUGAAAGAAAUUUAUUAUCAACUGGUGAUGACUUUGGCAAAGUACAUCUCUUUUCUUACCCAUGUUCACAGUUUAGGGCUCCAAGUCAUGUGUAUGGUGGACAUAGCAGUCAUGUAACCAAUGUAGAUUUUCUAUAUGAGGAUACUCAUCUCAUCUCCUCAGGUGGAAAAGAUACUAGCAUUAUGCAAUGGCGAAUUAUUUAGGAGAAUCCUUGCAUGAAGCUAUAUGUGCAAACAAGAACUGGCCUUGCAUCAAAGUUCUGUACAAAAUGUAUAUUGAAAAUUUAACAGUAUGGUUACUCUCUAGCCUAGUCACUGUGAUUUUGAAAUUUCAAGAUUCUUACAAACCUCAGGAAAGUUAAGUCCUUGGCUACUUACAAUAAUUAUUUUGGUUAUUCUUAAGCAUCACUUCAAAAAACAAUUAUCAUCUCUUUGUUGUAUAUUAUAUGAAGAAAUUCAAAUUUAAAAUGAAGUCAUGGCUUGAAUAUUUAUGCAAUAUAAAUGAAAAAAACUCUAUUAAAUAAUCACUGAAAAGCUUAUUCUGAUAUUACAUAUGGCUGCUUCGCUGUUUUAUUGUUUAUCAGCUUUGUACUGUCUAACUAUGUUGUCAGAAUAAUAAUGAUUGCGUAGAUGAUGGUACAUCUAUUUCUAAUAAACAGUGAAGAAAGCAGACAGAAAUUUUAGACUAAGGUGAGAUAAGUAGCCAUUAAACCCUGCUGUUCUCUGUUGUUCAGUGGAACCUUCAUAGGUUUGCUUCUGAAAUGAAAUAAAAGGUUCAAACAACAUUUUUGGCCAAUUUGCUACUAGAGUUAUAAAUCCUUUCAAAGAGGAAAUGUGAAGAUUAUAACGUUCAUUGAUUUGCAACUAAAGAAUUGAUUUCAGUAAGAUUAACACUGUUGGAUUGUGCUUUGAUUUCAUUGUCUCUGAAAUUAUAAGGACUAUUAUAUCUAUGCUGCAGAAAUCCAGAUGAACACCAGAUGGCAGCAAGGAGAUGAGAGAUUUUUUUCCUGCCAUGUAGUUCAGGGGUGUCAAACUCGUGACUUAUCGUGACUUUUUUUCCAUUGCCGGCAAUGGGGUGGGCGUGGUUUUGCUAUGAUGCAUCCGGCCUGCAGGCUGGCAGUUUGACACCCCUGAUGUAAUUGAAUGGAAGGGGAAAAAAUGUUUACCCAUAUUUUUAUAGCAUAUAUGUUAUGGCCCUAAAUAUGAACUACCACAGUUUUAACUUGAAUAUAGGAACAGGAAUUACAGCUCCAACUUAAAUUGAAAGAUAAAAAAUUAAUGAACAUUUGUUACGAAUAAUGACCUGUCUGAUCCCAUCUCAGAUGUUUGGUUGAUAGAGGAAACCAUUCUGUAUGUUGAUCAGCAUGAAUGUUUAUACGUGUAUAAAAUGUUAGAAGUUCAUAAGAAAUAGUGAAUCAUUCAAAGCUUUACUUGUCUUUUGCUUAUGGAUAUUGUAUAUUUGUAUUUUAAGGCCCAGUAGAUCAUGUAUAAAGAGAUCUUUUUAAGCUUACUAUAAAACAGCAGAGGAAAUGGGAAAAUAAACAUGUGAACCAUUAA